AUGAGGAGCUCAUUAAGUGAGUCUCCGUGCAUUGUCUUGAUGUCAUAUAUUUCUCUGAACAUCACUUACCAAAAAAUUUUUACUUUUGACACAUAGCACUAGAGACCUGUGUAAUCUUACACGUGGAGCUUAUGAAUUUCUGCCGACAAGCCGAGACCAGCUCUGAUCACUAUUCAGAACUAAUAUGUCCUUAAUGCCCAAGCAGCAUUCGUACAUGGUGUAUACCUCUGUUCGCCGAUCGACGUCCUUGUGAGAUUUAGGGAAAAAAAUAGUUAAAUACUGACGGCAGAAAUGACGCAAGAACGGAGAGAGAGCGUGGACAAAAAGAUUUGUCGUCUUUGUAAAAACCUAAAAUAAAUUGAGUUUUUUUAUGCCUAUAAACCUAUUUAAAAGCUAAAAAUUCGAAAAUUGGUCAAAAAUUUAUGCUUGAGAGGCUCAUUGGGCUUCUCAGUAGAUAGCCUAAUCUUUUGAACUUCCUGCAAUGUGAUUCUAAAUAACGGAAUUUGUGAGUUUGUGAAAUUAGAUUAGUCCGCAUUUGCCCGAGCCGAAACGGGGAGGUGAUGACUAUAGUUAAAAAAAGAGAGGUGAAUUUUUCAGCGCACAUUCGACCUGUUCGGAUUUUUAAAUACUGCGUAUGAAUUGUUAUCCUCCGUUCGCAUUUCUUAAAUUUUAUACAACGCUGACCUUUUUCUGAAAGACCCUAGAACUGUGUCUGUGUAAUAGAAUGGCACAUUCCUAAAACUUUUUCAGGCUGUUGAUGCUGCCAAAACAGGAAAGUUCGUUCGCACAUGACAGGAUGACAUUUUAUUACCCUACUGUUUAAGAGGUCCAGAAAAAAGACAAAAAGUUGCUUUAAAUUGCAAUCGCUCUAAAAUAAGCCGCAGUACAAUAUGUAAGGGAGGAAACUACUUAAGAGGUUCUGAAUAACUGAGACGCCAAUACUUAUUUUUGUUUGGUGUUAUCUAAAUUCGCCAAAGUUGCAGUUUCUUUGAUACAACCAACUAUUAAAAGCAGAAAAAAAUUUCGCCAAAAUUGCAAACGAAAGUGCAAUUUCGCCAAAAUGGAAUUCUCUUGGAAACAACCCAAUAAUAAAGCAGAAAAAAAAACAUUUUCGUUUGAAAUCGCUUUCGUACAUUGAAUGACUACUUAAAGGUUUGCGGUCGUGACUGAUAUUUAAAUUCGCGGUCGGAUCCUAUUUCAUAGCCGCACCUGAAGUAGACAAGCCGCCUGUCAUACGGAACCGGUAGUAAUAGGGGUUUUAACAGUAACCUCUUAGGCUAACCCCUUACCCUGGCCCUAAACCCUAGCUCCUAACCCCACCCCUAACCCUAACCCCCGAAACCGGCCCUUAGCCUAAACACUAAGCCUAACUCCCACACUUGCCCUUUAAUCUAACCCCUAACAGGUACGACUACGAAAUGAGAUCUUACCAAAUUUGACUUCUUACCUUCGUUUUCUAAAAUGUUUUUAAAAGGAUCUUCGUCAGUGUUUUUAGGCCAGGUGUUCAGAGACUAAUCUGUACAAGCUGAUUUGCGAAACAACUACCGUCAGCAACUGACACUUCUGAAGCCAGUCCGCACGGCAAACUAUAAACUUUAUUAAGGCACGUUGUCGAUGCCUUUAAUCAUAUCUAACAUUUUCUGCCUGGUCCUAUACAAGAAAUGUGCCUGCUGAGGAUUCAACCAAACAGAUUAAAUUUUCUUCUAGCACUUUUCUUUAUUGAAAAAAUAGUUUUGCGCAAAGAAAGGCGAAAUUUUGAUUUUCAGGCGUAUGUAUAAGUGAGAAGGAAGAGUCGAGCACUGGAACACAUUGUUAAUUGUUCUGAGUAUUCAGACUCGUACAAGAGUCUAUCGUCAUAUGUAGUAGCUUGUUCUGUUGCUGCUACUACCUCGGACGAUGGACUCCUGUACGAGUCUGAAAGCUCAGAACAAUAAACAAAGUGUUCGGCUGCUCGACUCUUCUUCUUCACUUAAAAUAAUUUUUGCGUUCACGCUAGGGCAAAAUUUGGUAAACUCGGUUAGAAGACGCUCCGUUACACUUUGUCAUGCAUUAACUGGUGCAGCUGCAUGCGUAAAAUGUCAAUCACUUUCCUUUCUCCGGUUAGUCUUAAUUUGUUGACCUUAAGUUCGCCUUUGUUCAGUGGGGCAACCCGUUCAAUUAUUUUGGCAUGACCCUUCCCAGUCUUAAUGGUUUAUUCUCUUAGAUACAAUUCCUUAAUGAACGUGUUUUUGUUUUCCUGGCAAGACUUGCACGUCAGCGCUGAGCAUUAUAAGAGAAAAUUUUUUUAAAAAAUUCAUCCAUGUUUUAUAAAGCUGUUUGUUUGAGUGUUUAUUUCUCGGCGGAAAUUAAUUGCUGGCAGGUGACGAAUGCAGCCAUUCAAAAUGAGGAGAUUAGGGAGUUUGGUCUAAAAGAAAAUCGCCUAUCUGAACUGUUGGGCAAAAUAGUCAUGCGUAAAAUAAAUAACCGACAAAAAAUAAAGACUUGGGACCAUAUCUUGACAACUACCGACAUUUAAAAAUGCAGGAUAGUUUGAAUCCCACCACGUCGGUAACAAAUUAAGUCCACAUAUUUGAAAAUGUACUAAUAUGAUGUGCAUAGGAAAUAAACUGCUAAGUCUUCCUGAUAUCAUUUACUUGACAGAUUCCUAUUUCUAGAUGUAUAUUAAGAUCUUCGCAUAAUAAAAAGCCUUCCAUAAUAAGAAUAAUAGAUUUCGCGAUACAUCCACACCUCAAAUUCCUAGUAUUCAUAAAAGCAUAGUUCAUUGCAUAUGAAUACACAUGCAGAGUUCACGAGGAUGUGAGAAACAACGAAGUCCAUCCAUCUAACAGUUAAAUAUCAGGAACAUAUUUAGUCUGAAGGGACCAAAACCCCUUUUUGAGAGAAUAUUUUUAGAUUAGUAGGUAAAUAUUAAGCUACUAAACUAGCAGCAUGGUUUCAACAAGGAGAAAGCUGUUAGAUUACGAGCAUAUCUAAGGUUACUUCCAGUAAUGCCCCAAGUUCCGUCAAAGAGAAAUCAAAAUAUGAUUACAUUCAAAAGAUGUCGAACAGUUUCACGAAUUUAGACGCAUGAUUAUACGAGACUCGGCAUCUGUAAUAGGGAUUUUCACAUAUAUUUUGGCAGAUCUUUAAUAUUUCAUAUUGUCCCGACUGUGUAAAACUGAGCGCCUCGUUGGGAUUCAAACCCACGACAGCAGGGGAAAGGCUUUAAUACUGUCAACUCUCUAGACAUCUGCGCUACGAGGCACCACCGGAAAAUGUGAUUUUAACCACUUUUGGGUCAAGUUACCCGCCCUGCCUACUACAACGUCUGGGAUCCACCAAAUCUGAUAGAAUAAGUUGACUGUCCAAGCAGGAAUUAUUCGAAAUCUGCCAAAACAUCUAUGAAUUACGUGAGCCUUGUAGUCAUCUGGUGGAUUCUAGAUGAAUUACUAGGGAAAUACCGCUUGGGCAGUCAACUUACUGUAUCAGAUUUGGUAGAUUGCAGAUGUUGCAGUAGGCUGGCCGGGUAAACUUGACCCAAAUGUGAUUAAACUCGCGUCGUUAGGCAGGGUCGCAUAGCUCAGGUUGUUAGAGCGUUGGCUGUACUAAAGCCUUCCUCUUGCUGUCGUGGGUCCAAAUCGCACCGAGGCGCCGAGUUUUACAGUUGGGUCACUAUGAAUUAUUCAAAAUCUGCCAAAACAACUAUGACUUAUGCAGUUUCGGCAGUGCAACAGUUAUUAAUUUCACGAAGUUGGGGUGAGAGGGGUGGGGGUUCGACGCUCUAACCACUUGAGCUGCGGGACCCCGCCGAACGAAGCGAGUUUAGUCACAUUUGGGUUAAGUUACCCGCCCAGCCUACUGCUGUCUUGAGUUCGAUCUCACCGAGGCGCCGAGAUUUUCGCAGUUGGAUCAGUAGGAAUUACUGAAGAUCUGCCAGAAAAUCUAUGAAUUAUGUGAGUCUGGUAGUCACCUGAUGGAUUCUAGGCGGAUCACUUGGGAAAUCCCGCCUGAUCAGUCAGAUUUGGUGUAUCAGAUUUGGUGAAUUCCAGACAUUUUAGUAGGCUGGGCGGGCAACUUGACGCAAACGUGCUUAAUACCACGUCUCCCGGCAGGGCCUCGUAGAUCUGACGGCUGGAACGUUGGCUGUACUAAAGCCCUCCCCUUGCUGUCGUGGGUUCGAAUCCCACCGAGACGCCGAGUUUUUCACAGUUGGGUCAAUAUGAAUAAGAAUUCUGCUUACCUGACAUUCUACUACGACAAUCAGAUUGUUGACAGAGACAACAACCACAAAUGAUGGGUGCAUACGUGUUCGAAUAUUAGUGGGAUGCUGUUGUGAAGAAACCACAUGCGACAAAAUAAGUAGUUUCCUGGUUCGUCGCCGAUGAUCGUACAUGCCGCGGUUAUUUCAUGACCCUGUUCAUCUGAGACAUAAACUUUCGCAGUUUUCUUACCAGUCCUGGCUAUUGCAAGAUCAGGUCUCGUAACUGCUGUCAGUGCUUCUAUGCGUACUCCCACUAAAUCAUUUACCAUGCACGGACAAAGUUUCGGCGCCGUAAGUGGAGUUAGGGGUCACUCAGCUGGUUGAUUGAGUGCGAACCGGAUAACCGUAGCACGGACGUCUCGGAGCUCUCGCGACUUCAGACUUGGAGGUAUGGUCGUAUCCCAGCGAACUUUCCAUGACUUGGGUAUCGAAGUCACUCUUUCUCACUGCUGCUGCAUGAUCGAGAACCCGCAUUCGUAGCAGUCUCUCAGUCUGUCCAACGUAGUUGCCUUGUUAUUAAUUGCACCAGACCUGGUAAACGCCUGUAGAGAUUUCCUGCCGUGAAAGCCGACCAUUCGUCCAGAUUAUUUGCUACCUAGUGGUUUCUUUUUGUCACGGGAGCAACCGCAAAUCCAGGUUACCGAUACGUUCUUGACGUAUGAGACCACUUGCCAGAAUUUCGGGUCCGCCCCAUUUGAUCAGUUGUUUUGUCUGCUCAUACACCAGUUACUAAAGUUUCGUGGGUAAUCAUACGCCUUAAGCACUAGCUGUCGAAAUUGUAAUUCACAGACCUACAUUAUUUCACUGGCAAGUGUCUCAACAUGCCGCCAAAGCUUUUUUCGCAAUUUGGUUUGCAGUUGGUUUACUGCUGGCGUUCAGUACGCGUCCUAGUUACCAUCAGAUAAAAAUUCUGGGAGCAAAAGACUCUCGGCUACGACAGGACAUGUCUGGAAGAAUGGUGGAGGGGCGCUCACCGAUCGUUAUUACGCAACUCACUCGUUCCGUUGUGCCUCAUGGGCUCUCUCUCUCUCUCCAGCCCAGCCAGCAACCGCUCAGUGGCGCAUGAUAUAGGCAGAAUGGUAUUACCGAUAAAGACAAGGAAGACAGGAAUGGCCAUCGUCAGCCAGUCAGACUCUACCGCGAGGUACGGAACACCUGGGGCUCGAACUCACGACCUGAUAGUUAGGAGUCCAACGCCUCUAACCACUGAGCCACGAGCUCGUUGUCUUGUCGGUGUCGAUCGGGGAUAUACAAUGGUGGAGGUAAUAACAUUACUGCCUAUAUCAUGCGCCGCUGUGCAGCUGCUGGUUGGGCUCGAGAGGGAGCCCGUGAGGCACAACGGAACGAGUGAGUUCCGUAAGAACGAUCGGUUAGCGCCCCUCUACCAUUGUAUAUUACCGAUCGAAAUCCACAGCACAACGAGCUCGUGGUUCAGUCGUUAGAGGCGUUAAACUUCUAACUAACAGGUCGCGAUUUUAAGCCCCAGGUGUUCCACACCUCGAGGUUGGGUAUGACUGGAUGGCGAUGACUAAAAGACCAGAAAUGGCCAUUCCAGUCUCCCUUGUCCUUGUCGCUAAUAACUUCUGGAUCAUUUACUGAGCCUGGAACAGUCAGACAGACAGACCUAACAUGCAAUAGCAGUGAGGAGAAAGAGGCCUAAUGUUCAAGUCACAGAUCGUUUGUCGGAAGACGACUAGGCUUUUAAGCUCGACAAGACCGACAUUAUCGCGGCAUGCGGCUGCGGUGUGAAUUGUGUCAGCAAGCGUUAUAACCCCAACGUUUGCAUUCGGUGAUAUUACUUUGCCUGACUAGAUUAAUUAGACAGCCAGGGAACGCGCAGGAGAACACUAACUCCAUCGGCGAUCCAAACUGCCAAGCCAUUAUCAAGCAAUAGCCAGUAGUGACGAUUAAAUUGCGGGUGAUUAAACAAUCAUCGUAUCACAGCACGGCUAUCGGUGAUGAAUGCGGCAACCGCCAACUUUAUUAGGUGCGUAUCCACAGUGCGAUCACAUUCUGCAAAUACUUCACGUCUGUGUAUCCACAGGUGAUUUCUUUUGAUAUCUCUGCUAACGCGUCCGAGUGUAUUUGCACAAUUUCGGGCAAAUAUACGGAUUUUUCAGCACUCCAACCUUCACCUCCUCCCCUGCAUGAUGGAAAUCGCGGCGUCGCUAACGGUAGAAAUUUCGGCCAUCGUUACACCCUCCUACCUAGGCAUGUACACAUAUAUAUGCCUGGUUCAAAGAAAACGUGCAAUGAUCAUGAAUGACAAGAAUCUGUACCAAACAGCCUAACAAAUCUAUUUUCAUAAAGGUCUUUUUUCUGCACUGCAGAUCCCAACAGUCAUUCCAAGCAUAUUACCUUCAUGAGAGGAUCUGAGGACCUGUCAGUCGCUACCUCCUCAAAUAUACAAAGUCUCGAAGUCGAUGGUAUUUCCAAAAAGGUAUGCCUCUGAAAUCAAUGUAAGAGAUGUUCCAUCAUAUGCGUGGUCAAUCGAAUUAGUUUAUUUAAACCAAAAGAUGACAAUAUGUCGCCAUUUUGCGAUUUUUACAUAAUCCUUUUUCCAUUAGACGAAUUUUCAUUGGGUUACCUCAAAACGUUUUCUCUUGUAACAAGACAUUUUUGCGAAAUUAUUGGCGCUCCAAUGCAAAUAUAUAUCGUUAUCUAGGUAUUCAAUUCUUUUUAAUAUAGUUGGAAAGUAGAAGUAGUACGCAUUUCGAAUCGAUAUAAUGAAAACUUACAGGGAUCUUUAGAAGAGAACCAAAAUAAACUCGUGAAUUUUCAGGUUUGUGAACCAACCCGUCGUCUGACUAAAGACAAGAUAGAAAUUUAGGUUAUUCCAAUUGACCGGUUGACGUGACAGCUCAGACAGCGGCCGACACCCCAGCAACGUAUGGGAGAGUGAUUGGCGCCUAUGUUCGGUAGAUUUGCGAGUGGGGUGUAGGGUAGAAAGGUUACAGCUCCCUCUACCGGAAGGGGUGGCAUCGCUGAUGCGACAUAGGGGCAACAGUCGUCGAGCCGUGACAUCAGUUGUCGUCCAGGUCAACAGUUCAGUUGAUACCGCAUGCAUUGAAGUACCAAGCUUUAAGAAAAUCUCUCGCUCGCUUUCUGUUGGCCAUUACGAACGACCUCGGUGUCAUCCCAGCUAAAUAACUGAUCACGCUCGAGUGUGUGCAUGAAGACUUGAGGGGGGGGGGGUAACGCCAAAGAAUAGCUAAUUUAUAUUCUCUGAUAUGAGUUUAAAGGCCUGUAUGACCAAUAUACAAGCAAGAGCAGCGAGCGCGUGGGAUGGGACAAUUGACGCUUGUUUGAAACUAACUAUUCGAAGAAAUGUUGCACACAAUGCGAUCGUUGGCUAGUGGUCGGUGCGGAUAUCAAUGCCGUUCAGUUGUCGGAUGACCAGUUCAAAGAUUCGCGGUACAUUCGAAAUGAAAUAGAAUUUCUGCUCUGCGAUUACUUUUUUUGGGGGGGGGGGGCGGGCUUUGCUGCUGUAUCUGACAGUAUCCGCUUUGCUGUAUCGACUACUGUACUUACCAUUCUGGCACACAAGUGACCAGUUAUAUCGCUGUCUGUCCUGCCUAGUAUGAUUAUUUUGUCUUUUCUCUUGUAUACUUUGUCUGGCUGGCAGAAACGAAUUUCAUCCCGAAGAAUCUCCCGUUUUUUGCAUAACAAAUACAUAUAUAUAUAUAUAUACAUAUAUCAACUAUAACAGAUGGGCGCUCUCCGAUCCGUCGCACAGUGACAAGUAGUGAAUUAGAUGAGAAAGUAUGAACCCCAAGGCACAACGGAACGAGCAUGUUCUGAAACCUGUCAUCUGUCAUAAUUAAUAUUCCCAAUCACGGCAGACAGGACAGCGGGCCUGUGGCUCAGUGGUAGAGUGUUAGGCUCCAUGACCAAAGCUCCCGGGUUCGAAUCUCAAGUGAUCUACACUUGGAGUUGGGUAUGACUGGCUGUUGACGGCUAAUAAGCCAGAAAUGUCCAUUUUGGUCUCUCUUGUUCUUGUUGGUAAUGCUAUUCAAUACAUAUUUAAAAUAGCAAGUCUUUUGGUAAAUAUAAAAAAAUUUAUUCCGUUAAUCCUUGACCAUGAUUCUCGAGUCGUUUUCACACGUUUAGCAAAUGUACAAAACAUUCGGAAGUUUUUUAAAUGGGGCCUAAAAAUCGAUGCUGACAGUUCAGUUCUGCUAGCGAGUCAUGACCGUGGGUUGGUAAUCGUACGGAUUGGCUAACGCCUCUUCCAUUCUUCCUCCCGAUAAAGUUGUACAAAUCGUCUCAUUCAACGCGCCGAUUUGUGCAUGAAUUAUCGCAGCGUACGGCCUUUGAAAAUUUCCGACUUUCUUAGGUGGACAAAGGCCAGAAAUGCGAGUUUUGUCCCAAGUAAUUUUAUAGCCAGUUUCGUGCGUGCACAUGUCAACCUGGGGCCAGUGGUCUUGUCUCUUCUCUUUUGCCCCACGUGUGAAGACAUCCUGCGGAAUCAGUGUCGAAAAUUUACGAAAUAAAAUUCGUUACAUUCUCUAAAGGAUUACUAACUUUUAAAUACAUAUAUAGUAGAUGUGCUAACUCAUGAAAUGUCAACCAAAAUUUCAAAAUGCGUUCUCGUUUCGAAAAGAUAAAUUAAGUAGUGUUGUAAAACUAAUCAUGAUGCAGCAUAAAUCUAUAAUGAUCCAGUUACCUCAGGGUGUCGGCUUUCGAAAGAACUUAUAUUCGGCUGCAUGCCAGAUCUAUACUCUGCAAAAAAUGAUUACUUAUGCAGUAUGCAACUUUCUCAUUGAUUUUCGAUGCCCUUGAAAAUUCAAUUAUAUUUCAUGGAAAACAUGCAUAAAAAUAUUCAUUCUUUUACUUAUUCGGUAGCAAAUCACGUCUUCUUUCAAUUUAAUACUCAAAAGAAGAGUAUAAUUCGGACUUAAAAGUUUCUAAUUGUGAGAUUUUUUAAUACCGUUAAAUGGCCGUUCAUGAAACGUCAUGUAUCUGCAUUUACGAAUGUGGCUUGUAAAGUUUACAAUAUUGCUCAAAUUCACUGCUUCAUUUUAUGAACCUCCUAUGGUCUUCUCUUAACACCACAGAGAAAUGCAUGGUUUCCCGUACACGGGAAAUAUACAGCUUGUAGUUUUGAAACCCUGAAUGCAAGUGUAACAUCAGGUCGGGUUCAAAAUUAUUCGGAAAUAAGAAAGUUUUUUAAAGCCGAAUUAUACCAUUCUUUUGAGUACGAAAUUGGAAGAAGACGUGGUUUUCUAUCUAAUAAAUAAAGGAAGGAAUAUUUUUAUACAUGUUUUCCAUGAAAUAUAAUUGAAUUUUCAAGGGCAUCGAAAAUCAAUGAGAAAAUUGCAUACUACAUAAGUAGUCAUUUUUUGCAAAGUAUAGAUCUUGCAUGCAGCCAAAAUGAAGUUCUUUCGAAAGCCGCCACCCUGUGGUAACUGGUUCGUUUUAGAUUUAUGCUGCAUCUUGAUUAGUUUUGCAACACUACUUAAUUUAUCUUUUCGAAACGAGAACACAUUUCGAAAUUUUGGUUGACAUUUCAUGAGUUAGCAGAUUUACUGUAUACGUGUUAAUUAAGCGUGCGACCAUCACUGUCGUGGUUAGGAUUCCACUACAUCCCAUUCUGUCUGCUCGCCAGCUUGUUAACAGCGGCAACGUGCGUUUUGUCAAAGGACACAAACCAUUUAUAACACGUAAACAGCCCACUGAGAAUGCAACUGGCCAGACGCCGACAGCACAACUUUCGUUGUCGGGCAGACAGACUGGGAGCAAGUGAGAUCCCAGCUGCACACUUAUUUGACAUGUUUAUACACCUCAUUAAAGUAAGGUCUAUGGCGUAAUGGUUAUUGGCAAUGACUGUGAAACAGCCCUAUGUGUCUGGCCUGUUGCACUCUUAGUGGCUGCAUAUGUGAUAUGCACAUAUACGUAUAUAUGUGUGUAAAUAAAUAUGUUGAAAUAGCGUUUACCUGUUUGGUUUUGAAAUAUGCCUGCCCCGUUUUCCUUGUUUCUUGAUCUGAAGCCGACAAAUACGAUCGAUAACGAACGUAAAUAUACGCUGAAAGCAGUUUCAUCGAACAUAAGAGACACUGCGGUGGUCAUUUUUGAAUUCUUGGUCCGUACUUCACCCUAGGAACUUCACCUUGGAACAUCUGGAACUCGAACCUGAAAUUUUUGGUCGUAGAGUCCAGCUUUCUAUCAUUUGAUGAGGACCUGUUGUUCUGUCUUUUUCUGAACUCCCUUCACAAUAUGCAUUUAUGUCAGGCGGGCGCUCAACCACCAUUUGUCGGGGUUGGAAUCUUGCCUGAUCCCAUUCUUCCCACCAGCCAUCUGGGAUUCUGGUGACAACAGACGUUGCGCCGGGAAAGACACAUCGCGUGCAAUACAUGAAUUGAUUGCCUCAGACAGCUUCAUCACGGUCAUUACGCCAGAAGCCUAUCACGUAGCUCAUAAAGGUUUAGUUUUCAGCAGCACAGCAAGAUCCUUACCAUAAAAAUGAGGGUUAAUCACAUGCUUGGCAAUUUUGUAUAUCCAUAUUCAAUCAUAGGCUCAUGGCGGCCGUCGAUCAGUAGUGACGUCGAAACAACUGUCUGCGACUGGCGUGUCGGUACUUCAGCAAGCAUUGCAUAUAUAUAUAUGUAUGCAGAAUAACAUUACCGACAAAGAAAAGACAGACUAGGAUAAUCAUUCCUGACUUAUUAGCACUAUCAGCCAGUCAUACCAAACCGCGAGGUAUGAAACACCUGAAGCUCGAUCCUGCGACUUGUUGGUCAGAAUUCUGAAGGCCCUAACCACUGAGCCACGGACUCGUUGUCCUUUCGGGUGCCAUCGGGCAUAUAACAUGGGAGGUUGAGCGCCCCUUCACCACUGUACAUUCUCGAUCGAAAGCGACAGGACAACGGGCCCGUGGCUCAGUGGUUAGAGGUGCUGGACUUCAAACUAACAGGUCACGGGAUCGAGCUCCAGGUGUUCCACACUUCGAGGUUGGGUAUGACUGGCUGACGAUGGCUGGUAGGCCAGAAACAGCCCCAAAACUCUGAGCCACGGACUCCUUGUCCUUUCGGGUGCCAUUGGAAACUGGGCGCUCACCGAUCGCGUUACGGAACUCACUCGUCCCGUAGCGCCUUAGGCCUCUCUCGAACCCACCCAGCAGACGCACAGCAGCGCGCGACAUAGGCAGAAUGGGAUUACCGACAAAGACAAGGGAGACUGAAAUGGCCAUUUCUGGCUUAUUGCCCGUCUCCAUCCAAGCAUACUCAAUCCCGAAGUGUGGAACACCUAGGGGCUCGAACUCGUGACCUGUUUUUAGAAGUCCACGCCUCUAACCACUGAGCCACGAGCCCGUUGCCCUGUCGGUUUUCGAUCGGGAAUAUACGAAGGUAGGAGGCGCUCAUCGAUCAUUCUUACGGACCUCACUCGUGCCGUUGUGUCUUAGGGGCUUUCUCUCGAGCCCAACCAGCAGUCGAACAUUGGCACAUGCUAUGGGCAGAAUGGUACUACCGACAAAGCUGGGGCAGAAGAACAUGACCCACAUUACCCAUACGAAGCUUGUUUGCUUCGAAAAGCUAAUAUAUCGGUUUGGACCCAUUCCUGAAGACGUAUAUACGGUAGGUGGGCUAAAACAUGAAAUGUCAUCCAACCAACCAUGCGUUUUCGUUCCGAAAAGACUACUUAAGUAGGGUUGUAAAACUAAUCAUCGUCAAGCAUAAUUCUAUAAUGAUCGAGUCACCUCAGGGUGCCUACUUGUGAACGAACUUAUUUCGACUGCAUGCAAGAACUAAACUCUACAAAAAAUGGCUACUUAAGUAGUUUGCAAUUUUCUCACUGAUUUUCCAUGCCCUCAAAUGCUCAAUUAUAUUUCAUGAAAAAAGGCAUAAAAAAUAUCCAUUCUUUUAUUUAUUCGGUAGACAAUAACGUCCUCUACAAAUUUUAAACUCAAAGGGGGAGUAUUAUUCGGUUUCAAAAUGUUUCUAAUUAUGAGAUUUUUAUUACCGUGAAAUGACCGUUCAUAAAACCUCAUGUCUUUGCAUUUGUCAAUGUGACUUUCAAAGUUAACAAUAUUGCUCAAAUCCACAACUUAAUUUUAUGGACCCCAUAUGGUCUCCGUAGAGAAAUAUAUGGUUUUCCGUACGCAGAAAAUACGGCCUGUACUCUUCAAACCCUGAAUACAAAUGUAACCGCAGAUCGGGAUCAAAAAUUAUUCUGGGAUUUAAAAAGUUCUUGAAAACCAAAUUAUACCCAUCGCUUGAGUACAUAUUUUCAAAAAAUGUAAAUUUCUACCUAAUAAGCAGAAAAAUGAACAUUUGUAUGCAUAUUUUCCAUGAAAUAUAGUUGAAUUUUAAGGGGCAUCAAAAAUCAAUGGGAAACUUGCAUGCUAGUUAAUUAGUCAUUUUUUGCAGGUCUUCGUUCUUGCAUGCAGUCGAAAGUACGUUAAUUCGAAAACUGGCACCCUGUGGUAACAGGAUCAUCAUAAAAUUUCGUUGCAUUAUGAUUAGUUUUACAAUCUUGUUUAAUUAAUCUUUUAGAAACGAAAACGCAUUUCGGGAUUUCUGUUGAGAUUUCACCAGUUAGCCCACUUUCUGUACUUCCAACAAGGACAUGAGGUCCUCUUUAGGCCGAUAGUGCAUGAAUUCUGUGAGUGGGUGUCAAGAGACUGUCAAUCAAUGCGGUAAUGAUUUAUGCCCACCAACUCGUCUGUGGUAUUUGCGGUUUCGCGUUCGACUUGAAGCAACUAUCCUGUUCGCGAAUUCAGACCUAUUGUCCGGAAGCUGCCGCAGAGUUGUUAUAAAUCAGAACUGACCUCUUCUGCCUACACAAAGCUCUGCCCUUGAAGAUUCGUCAAUUUGAUAAGGCGCCUUUACAGCCGCCAAAAUGUGUUUGCCAGCCGCCAUGGGACAGCCAAUGGCUUUUAAGGAAGCGCAGCAUCUCAGGCAUUUUAUCCGAAGACUAUGGACUGCCCUUUUUUCCUCCUAGACGACUGGAAACAUAGAUUGCAAUUCCAAGUAAAUAAUUCAUUUGUGUUCUUUGAAAAAUCCUCCUUACGGACUUUAAGCCGCCCAGAUGGACUCUAAACUUAGCCUGUCUACUCUCACUUUGGCAUCUCUAAUGUACUUUUGAGAAUUCUGCCCUUUCAAACUGGCACACUAAGUGGCCAUUAUAAAAUCUGCGGAGAAUUAGAAUAAGACGACCCACUUAACGCGCGAGCCUUAACAGCUUUCGGGGCCAGACUGACCCCAGCUUAAAUAACCUUCUAGAUAACUUAUCAUAAGCGUACUUUUGUGUUACGUCAGUCCCCCUAUUGUCGUAUUAAUUGAAAUUUUCGCGAAGCAGAUGUUCUUCUUAAGUGUCUUGGUGAUAAUUGCCACUUAGUCUCCCCUGAUUUCUUCAAGCCGAAUUAAAUGUAAGCAGUCGUAGAUGAUAGUUUGGUUAUUGCCGCUCUUCUAAAGCAUACAUUCUUUCGCCUACUCUUCGCACAAUAUUCUGUCUACCGAAACGUAAAAACAGUAUGCCCAAACUUGCGCGAACACUGACCUCAUUCUCUCUUUCCUACUUCAUUCAUCGGUGGUGGAACGAUCAGGAAGGAAGCAACACACCAGAGUGGUGUUUUGCGUUUCGUUAGUGUGUGUCGUAGGAAUAUUCGCGGUGCGUCAAGCAACUUGUCUUUGCAGGCCGCUGACUGGCACCCCAACUCAGUCCACGCAGUCUGCCCUCAAAACGGGCCACGUCUUAGAUGCGCUGGAUCAACACGGGGGGUACAUCGGACUCUGGCAGGCGUUAUCUGUGCGAUAACAAAUGCCAACAUUUACGGGUUGCGCUGGCGGACCCUGUUGUCGGCAUUCGUCGCACAACUGGACCACUGCCACCACCCCAUUGUUUUGUAGUCAAAAUCCUGGUCAUUUGUGUGUGGACCAGGGAGUGCGGAGUGGAGCACCAAGGCGAGGAUCCGUCCGAGCCAUCCACCUGCGGCCUCCCUCGUCUCCGGUCUUCUUGACUUGGUCUUGACACCGGCCCCAGGCGGGGGAGGAGGAGAGAGUGUAGGUAGAUGCAGCGCAAGUCUACUGGCAUUAUAAACCCCUGCGUAAGUCACCGUCCCUACUCCCACCGCUGCUGCAGCUGUGGAGCUUACGGUGGACAUUGUCGAAAUCGACGGUCGAACUGUCGUGUGUGUUUGUGUGUGUGUGUUUGGUGGGUCGAGAGCCAGGCGGAAACGGUAUCUUCUAAAUGUGACCUACGACACUCUCACGCAUGUGAGAUGUGUGUUGUCCAACCCCUGUUGUGUAAAAUCCUGGUACUUUUGUUUAGGGCGUCAGGUCAUGCACGUGGCAUGCGCAGACAAGGUCACUAGAGUAUAUCAGCUACCGCGCCCAUUUCCCGAUGCAGUCAACUGAUGGGAUCGGAUAGUGACUGGGACCAGAAAAUGGGAAAGGGAAGUAUGGUCGACGAUUCAGCUCAUUUUCCUCACUGUAAACAAUCUGACGCGCUUGAAGCUAUCACGGUGGGUUAAAAACCAUAGGUUGGAACGUUGCCAACUGACGGGAUUACUCAACUUCUCAGUCGGUCAACUGCCGUGGGUUUGUGUUAAGUGGUCAGCUGGUGGUCUGAGAGUCAGGCGAAAAUGGUUUCUUCUUAAUGUGGCCGUUAUGACACUCCCACUGAGUGGGAUCCGAGCCGGGUUUGGCGACGCGCCUAGGUGACGCUUCGGCCUCGCCAGCCUCAAUUCUCUUUGUUAUCAUUGUUUAAAAUCCUGGUUAUUUGGUGUGGACCAGGGGGUGCGGGGUUGAGUGCCAAGGUGCGUCCUCCCUUUCCUCCGGUCUUCCUGGCUCUGUCUUGACACCGGGUUCAGGUGGGUGAGGGCGAGAGAGUGCGGAAGGUUCUGUGCAAGUCUAAAUUCACUAUAAACUGAUUCACGUACAAGCAAUCGUCCCUGCUUCAUCUCGUCGUGGAGCACACGGUGAACAUAGUUGAACACGACGCUCGAACUGUCGUAGGCACAUGCUGCGUGAAUUAGAAAGCCACACAGACCUAGCCCACCCCGGACAACGCAUGCCAUAAGUCAUCGCCGACCCUUCUAAGGAGAAGUAGAUAGAAGACAGUUCAACUCUCGCGUCUGAUGAAGUUCUCUGCACUAUAGGCCCUCAAGUCCGCAUUAAACAAUCUUUAACAUCUUUGUGGCGAAAAGCCCUGUCACAAUGUGAGGAUUCGGAAAAAACAAAACGGGGCAACAAUAAGCACUACUGACUUUCAUUUACAUCCCAUUUGACUGGAUCGUAAGUGACGAAACUUUUGUACUCAUCAUCCUGAGGGCUGACGGAUGCCCACUGAAGCCUUUCCGUUUAGUGGAUACGAACCAGGCAUACUGGACGCAGUCCCGACCUUCGUUACUAGCGAGAAAUCCUACUAUAAGCUUUUGUUUCUAGACAGAGAACUCCCAUUCAGAAAGCUCUAAUUUUUAACUAAUUUAAGAUGAAAAGUCAUGCGGUUUCUUAGCCAAGAAAACUAUUCCUUUUAGACCGACUUAAUUCGUGACACAAAUGAUGCAAGCGUUUUAUGCAAACUUUUCUCAGUAUAAUCUGUCGAUUAGGGAAUGUGGCCAACUGCCCAGCUGAUUUGAUUAUGUGUUACUUCGAUCGAUUUGAACAAUUUGGUAGAUAUUGCAGAGUCGAAGAAACGUUUACGAUCAACAACAUUGUAAGCUGAAUAAAAGCUUGCAAAUAGCUUCUGCGUUUCGACCUUCGUCAAAAUGGAGACCAAAUCGAAAUUCCCAUCAAAAACCUGUCAAAACAUAUUUGCUGAUCUUGAUAAAACCUACUAUGAGCACUUCAAGCAGUCUCAGAUAUAUCCAACGUGUCAUAAUGUGUCAACGAUAAAUAGUGAUAAACUCUCUCUUGCAUAUUUCUAAAAAAACGCUGAUUUUGCUUUUUCCACUCUUUUAGUGUAACAUAAAUAUUGGCGUUUUUUUCAUAGAAGGAAGUUUACAAUUUUGAAUAAUUUUGUGUUUUGUGAUCAGUUCUAUGCUUUCCAUCCGUAAAUUCACAACGCUCUGACUGAAUGUGUUAAUUGUCUUGUAAAAGUGCAUACACAGCAAGGGGCCAUAAACAGUCCAGCGUUCAGAUGCCGUUCCGACUCGCACAAAAUUUUCGCCAGCACUUGACCCUCUUCGUUAAUUCAUAGAGUCAUGCAAGUCCGGAAAGUCUAUUUUUAUUAAUUCGAUAAGUGUACUUUUCGCAGGGUUGUUCUAUCUCCUUAAGAUUCGACGCUUCGGCAAGUAUAUCUCCAGGCCACAUACCGACGCCAAGCGCAUGAAGCCAUCUACCUCCCUUGCCUCAGGCAAAAUUUACGAAUCAUUGGAUACACUAUCACUCGAAACCGGCACCGAUAUUCAAGCGAACGACAGCACCGCCUGCGAGUACCUCGGCGGUUCCCUAGGCCGUAGACCACAGGGGAAUCAGAGAAAAGCCACCUGUUCCUGCUUCAUGAUGCUGCGUGUGGUCUGCCAUUGUCUCCUCGGCCUCUCCAUGCUCAUCGUGUUCUCGAUGGCCUCCGUGACCUUCAUGGUUGCCAUUCAGCACUGCUAUUACGUGCCAAUCGCGCCCAACGUCAGCCUGGACAACAUAACAGUGUCGCGGAAAAACGAAACACAGAACGUAGGGUGUUUUAUUUACGCGUUUUCCCAGAAAGAGCAGUAAACGUAAAGACCUUUUCUUUGCUCUGCUUGAUCAGUAAAGGCAAUAUCACCCAAUCCAUUUGCAUAGGUCUCCGAAAUUCUGAACUUUAUAACUUUUUCAGUGGCUGUUUACACGAACUCGCAGUACGUUAGACCCAUACUAUUCAAACUUCCCAGACAGUUCCGGGGAGAGUAAGAAAGCGAGCGAUCAGCUGCCAGGAGCGAUAUUGUACAUAAUACUUCCUAAAUAAACCUGAAAACGGGAAAUAUCCUAGUUGUAUAAAUACAUAAAUAUUCAAAAUCAAAAACUAAAAUAGAGUACCUUAUGUGUGUGACUACGCGUUCUCAUUUGCCUGAUUGCCUUAUGACGAUGAUGGUGAUGGUGUUGGUGUUGGGGGUGAUGAUGAUGAUGACAAUGACGAUGAUGGUGACGAUGAUGAUGAUGAUGAUGAUGAGGUUGAUGAUGAUGAUGAUGAUGAUGAUGAUGAUGAUGAUGAUGAUGAUGAUGAUGAUGAUGAUGAUGAUGAUGAUGAUGAUGAUGAUGAUGAUGAUGAUGAUGAUGAUGAUGAUGAUGAUGAUGAUGAUGAUGAUGAUGAUGAUGAUGAUGAUGAUGAUGAUCUGUGCAUCCGCUCUCAUGCUGCAACUGCACGAGUCAUACUGAAAUGCAGACGCAUGCAUCCGAUCAAACUGUCUGGGUUUGCUGUGUAACAGGUUGUGUUUUAUAACAUCUCACUUGACUACUUUAUAAUAAUACUUUAAACAAACAGGACACGACAAUGGCCAAAAGUACGAUUAAAGUUCCCAUACCUCUGACGCCGUACAGAAAAAAAUGGCAUUAACCGUUCUUCGCAUCCAAAGACAGUAGGGACGCAAGUGUGCCCAUGAGCGAGUGUCUACUUUGUGUCGUAAACAAAAAACCUUGUCAUAACACACGCACUGCCCUGUAAAUCUGGGCGCGAUGCGCAGGGAUGAAUGGUGCAACAGGCUGUUUUCCGACGUCUUUAUGCUUGCGACAUAAAUCACAAAAUGCGACAAAUGUCAGGCUGAAGCAAAGGCUGGUGUGUACUUUUCAAGUUUAGAUUUUAAGUAAAAUGCAUUGAAUACAGUUGUCUUUAUUUUGUCCAUUUUACUAUUCGGUAAAGAUUAAGCUUAUAUCGCUGUCGCGAGUAGAAUCCUUUAAAAAAGACUACAACUCCACAGUAUAACCGCAUAGCGAAGUAUCCACACCAAGCUUCUGCUAAAUCUCCACUUUAACUUUUACUCCCUGUUAACUCAUUUUUUUCGGGUGAAGAAUUGUGAAGACCGAUACCGUCGACCUUUUUUAAGAUUACCAAUCCGCCAACAUUCCUCACUUACAUGGUCACAUCAGGCAUGGGUCUGAUGCUACCUGCGGUCCUCUGUUGGCCAAAAUAUAAAUCAUCCAAAGAAGACGGAGUCGAGAAGACAAGCACGACGUAAGUUCUGCGAUUCUUCUGUCUAUUGCUUAUCAAGUACUUGUUGUUUGUAAUGUUACGAGCGCACAAAACACGGUCUUAAUGGACCCUGUUUUCGUUAUCUUGACGACUCCCUAGAUGCAUUUUCAUCGACAGUGCAGUGAAGGAACACGAAAGAGACAUUAUGGCUUUUUAACCAUCAAAAUAUUAAGUGUUCUGUAUGCAAAAAGUAGUUGUUUACGGCCACCAGAUGAGGCUAUCUGCUCUGACAUAUAUGGAUAUAGGACUGUUUUUAUGAUUCCUGUUUUUGUCGUCGUCGUCGUCGUCGUAGUACAUACGGAAGUAGAGAAAGAAAAUUGCAUUUUUAAAAACCCAUGCGCUUUCUUUAUAUAUAUUCUCCCCUGUUAGAUGGUAGUUGGUAGCCCUCCCGGUACCGAAAACUCCAAGCUACCUGUCUUACGCGACCAGUGGUAAUAGGGGCUAUGCGGGUGGGGCAGAUGAGUGGAGACGUAAAUGGCGCUUGUAGUGUAUGCCUGGAAUUGACGUUCCUGGCAAAGUGGAAGCCUAAUUUAAAUAAGGUGAAAAAUGCAAGGAGGGUAUAGAAAUAAGCAUGGAUAAUUAGUACGGUAUGCGGAAUAAAUGCAUCCUUGCCCCAGAUUGGAAAGAAUAGCAAGUGAAGGCGAACAACCAAUAGGAAGAAGACAGUGUGUCUUAAGGUCAUUCCGCAGUAUGUGCGAUAAUACUCUAACCGACAGAAUGGACAUGAGAAAACGAAAGUCAAGCAGCGGCACGCAGGACGGCAGGAUGGGUUAAGACUUUAACGCGAAAAAUAUGUUUGGGCGAAAGAUAAAAUUUGCAAAUAAUAGUGUAUUGUCACUGUGGCCACAUCUAGGAUGAAAACUAUGGCAGUAGUUGUUUGCUAUGCGUGAAUCGUGUACUAUACAAUGUAAAGAGGAUUUGGCACUCUGUAUAUGAAGUUACACCUUGUUCUGCCUGCAGAGCCCAGUCUCUUAGAAGGCGAAGGAAGGCAGGACCGCAACUGGAUAGGUCGACAGAUUAUUCCCGGAUCCUGGAAAUAAUCCAGUCGUCCUACCUAGUGCAGUAUCUCCAACAGAAAGGACUACUGACCUGUAGGGUCUUAUGUAGAUGUCGAAAGGUCAUGCCCUUACAAAUACUGCGAUAGCACACGGAUGGUUAUGCCUUUAGGUAACAUCUGGGUACUGUGGUAUGCAGCCUAGGAUAGUACCUCUAAAAUGAAUCAGAUACAGGUAACACAGUGCGCGCAUGCAAUUAGAAGCAUCAUGAGAAGCAUGAUUAAUCAUAAUUUGCCUAGGAUAAAUCUUUCGCCCUUUACUAAAGAUUUUCGUGUAGGAGUGCAAUACAAUGAGUCUAUAUAGACAUUUUUGCAGCGCCUCGUUCUCGGGACGGUUAAAGUGAAGAAGAAAGUCACCCUGACAGGACUUCUGCGCGUGCACUCCCAGAUAUAAUGAGAACGUAAUCACAGAGCUUGAAAUCGAGCCAGUAAGUACAAUUGUAGAAUCAGUGGGCAGGGCUACCAACUAUCAUCCUACCUUCUCCCCGACUGGUCGUGGUAGAGCAAUUUAACCUUCCUUUCGCAUGAAUUGCUUUACAAGGGGGGGGGGGCAAUCUGAAAGUUGAAAAAAAAUAAGCCAGCCUCUUCUUCCCUGCAGAGACUUCCUGUUCGUUCUGUCUCAAGACAGACGGGACUGGCGAUUGGCUCUCAGUCGAACACUAUUCCUUUCCUGCCUCUGGUUGGCAUACGUCUACUCAUUAAUUCGCAGUCUGCAGGAGUUGCCGCUCAUCGAUUGCGUCGUCAUAAUUUGCACCUCUCCAUGCUACCUCUACCUCUUCAGUUGGAUUAUAUUACACAAGCGGUUCCUGGCCUCGAGGGUGAGUCGAUUCCUUAACAUUUGGCCUUUCCUGGAGAUUUCGCUCUCUGCAAGCGCCCUACCACUGCAUGAAUAGAAGGUCACCUUGGCCAAUCAAAUACAGUAGAUGUGCUAACUCAUGAAAUGUCAACCAAAAUUUCGAAAUGCGUUCUCGUUUCGAAAAGAUAAAUUAAGUAGUGUUGUAAAACUAAUCAUGAUGCAGCAUAAAUCUAUAAUGAUCCAGUUAUCUGAGAGUGUCGGCUUUCGAAAGAACUUAUUUUCGGCUGCAUGCCAGAUCUAUACUCUGCAAAUAUGAACACUUAAAUAGCAUGCAAUUUUCUCAUUGAUUUUUGAUGCCCUUGAAAAGUAAACUAUAUUUCAUGGAAAACAUGCAUAAAAUAUUCAUUCGGUAGAAAAUCACGUCUUCUUCCAAGUUCAUACUCAAAAGAAGAGUACGAUUCGGUUUCAAUAAAGUUUCUAAUCGUGAGAUUUUUUAAUACCGUUAAAUGGCCGUUCGUGAAACGUCAUGUAUCUGCAUUUAUGAAUGUGGAUUGUAAAGUUAACAAUAUUGCUCAAAUCCAUUGCUUAAUUUUAUGAACCUCAUAUGGUCUCCUCUUAACAUCGUAGAGAAAUGCAUGGUUUUCCGUACAUGGAAAAUAUACAGCUUGUAGGUUUGAAACCCUGAAUGCAAGUGUAACAGCAGGUCGGGUUCAAAGUUAUUGGGGAAUUAGAAAAGUUUUUAAAAACUGAAUUAUACUCUUCUUUUGAAUAUGAAAUUGGAAGAAGCCGUAAUUUUCUACCGAAUAAAUAAAAGAAUGAAUAUGUUUAUGCAUUUUUUCCAUGAAAUAUAAUUGAAUUUUCAAGGGCAUUGAAAAUCAAUGCAAAAAUUGCAUGCUACUUAAGUAGUCAUUUGUUGCAGAGUAUAGAUCUGGCAUGCAGCCGAAAAUAAGUUCUUUCGGAAGCCGACACCCUGAGGUAACUGGAUCCUUAUAGCUUUAUGCUGCAUCAUGAUUAGUUUUACAACACUACUUAAUUUAUCUUUUCGAAGCGAGAACGCAUUUCGAAAUUUCGGUUGACAUUUCAUGAGUUAGCCCAUCUACUGUAAGUCAGACCGCGGGCAGAAUGUAAGCUACUUGUCGAGCAGAUUUUAUAAAACGAUAAUUUGAUGCCGCAUAUGAAACCCCCCCCCCCUUCUUUUUAAUCUGGCCGGAAAUUAAUGUGCUAACUUGGAGAAAAUCACUUGAAUCGGGCCUGAAAAUUUUAGUUCGAAAGAAUUUACUACGAAUGAAAACAUGAGGAGAAAAAAACAUUUUCGCAGCCGGAGUACAUACUAGAAACCGCACAUAGAACGCGGGGAGGGCUUGUUGAUAAGACAAACUUCUCAUGCACAAUACAGAGUUGGCAGACAUGUGUCUGAUUUUUUAGUCAAACCCGGGCUGUCAGUAUGGUGAAUCGUGCAAUAUGUUUAUACCGUUGACUUCCGUUUGGAAGUCUGAAUUUCGCGUGACCAUCACAAUGCCACUGAUUGGCUUCGGCCCAAAUAUUCAAGUCAAAUUUUGCAUCAAGCCUGAAAAAUACAGUCCUGAUAAAUUUACUUCAGUCUAGUGCAUUAGUUUCAGAAGAGAUUAAGAUACUGCAAAAAACUGUCCACCGUGUAACAGAAGGUUGUGAGAUGUUGUUUUGCAAUACUGAAUGUCAUUCUGGUAGGUACUAGUUAACCUGGAAACAUCUUCUACAAGCUAAUUGUCAUCGAGAACUUUGAUUUGAACAAUUUAUUCGCCUCUGUCAUUGUUUACCGUGUGUGGAAGAAAAGCUUGUAAAUAUGAGAUAAGUAAAACUGAAAUAGUAUCCUCACGAACGAAACGAAAAAUUCAAAGUGUAUGGCUUGCAAAAAUAAGAUAAUUUGCUUUAAUAAGUUUGACAAGAUUACACUGAUGCUAAUAGAUUUGAGAAAGGUGCUUGCUUGGCUUUUUAGCAGGUUGUCAGACAGUUAACUACAAAGCGACCCAGAAAUCGGUAAUGAUCUGUCUACCGAAUUGAAUUAUUUGACCUCCUCAUUCCUCUAUAGGGAUUCGAGUUUAUUGAAGCGAAGAGGUACUCCCUGAACUUUCAUCAAGUUAGCUCCUUUUACACAACUAUAAUAGUGAAGAACCAAUCAAGACGCCCGGGCAUAGUCGUUCACUAUUUGAACUAAUACGAAUUUUAAGGAACCUAAGUAAUCCCUUUUUGGAAUUCGAGUGAUGAACUGUGAUGUUCUUGCACAGUGUAUGAUGAGGACACAAUCUUUGCAAUAUUUUAAAUGGGUCACUUGAGGCGAUAUGUCUUCAUCUUGCUUCCCAAUUGUCGCAAACUCGGAAUGAAAAACAAUCGUUUCCACAUGGGAUACUUAUAGAUCUUUGUCAUCCUACGGACAUCCGAAGUGGACGGGGUAUUUCGAGGAAACUGUCGGAAAAGCAAGCGAGGUCUGUAUCGCGCAGAGGGGACUUAGCAGACAGCUAUCUUGCAUCCACCUGAUUAAAGGUCACUUUGCCCACAUCUGAAUUAGUAUUGCCUGUGCUAGAUCUGGUUGACCUAAUCCAUCAUCGCAGUUUGUUUAUCGCUGCCAGUGACUGAAUCUAUUCGCUGUCGUCUGUGAUGGUGGAUUCGAGUGUCAUUUGGGGGCGGGGGGGUAGCAAAUGCAUUUCAUCUACGAACUAAGGCAACGCCGUCUCGGCAGCAUAAGGUGGCCAAAAGGUGUCUGGGUAAAAAAUGUUUCCGUCCAUUUGGAUGUAUAGCUCAAGACGAUACACGUGAAGAAUUAUUGGAGCUCACCAUAUAUUACCAGAAUCGCUGUAAACAGAUGCUAAAAACUUAGUAAUCAGUGGAUUUUCAGUGUUAAAGAUUUGCCACAUUUCAUGUGUCUCCACGCCUUCGAGAGGGGUUCGGGAGAACAAACUAAUCCGCGCUCUUGAGUCGACAACUGCCACCGGGUAGACGUCAAUCAAGCAUUCCGAGUCAUCUACAAAGUGUCGGCGAGACACUCCAAGUUCCUGCGUCAGCAGAUGCUUGCGACGGCAGGGGCAGUGGCCAUAUGGUUAGCCAAUCCAACCUUGUGCAGGCAUGAUGCGUUUUUACAGGCAAUAAGGCUCCCUGGGUAAGAACUAACGCCGCAUGUCUGUUCACACCUCCUGCAACAUUUCGUUACAGCGAUGAAACAGAGACAUUCGUCGACCUCAGAAACUGAGAUCGCAUUAAUUAUCCGUAGACUGACGACUGUAUAGCACAUUUACUAAUGUUAAUGCCUUCAACUCCUGGAACCAUUCGUUUAUCUGACUGGUUUCGAAAACUUUGUCAAUCUGAAAGAAACUUCUGUAGCUGUUUGGUGUUUCCAUUUUCAAAUGUUUGAUAUAAUUUGCUUCCUUGUAACAAACAGGGUGUUCAAAGGUUCAACACCUGUUUUUCCCUCAAAUAAUCUGAAAUUGAAACUUUCUUAUCCCUCCUCUCGAGCCCCCUGACAGAACUAGACUACGACCCCUGACAUCUGAGCAACUUCAACCCCCUUCCUCCAUACUGCCUUUUAUUGGAUAUUUAACUUUUGCUAUUUUACUCUCCCUUAUAUUACGAUACUGUCCUGAUGAUGGAUAAUCCGAAGAGUACGUCUGCCGAACUUGACUUCUUAGAUGACAUGAACGUCGUCAAAUUAUGCUGCUAAAAGUCUCUAAUCAAAAUAGUGACUUCCAUUAAGUUGAAUCCAAAGUUCGGCAAGGGUAUGAUAAGUAACCCCAUUGGGACAACUUUGGUUAACUACUAACCCAAAACCAACCGUGGACAUACUUGUGCUGGAUAACCCUAACCCUUAACCCUAAACCACUUACGGAGACUUCGACCAUAACCGUAACCUUAACUCAAGCCUUAAAACCCCAACACCGGGAAUUCAAUCCCUUAUCCUGACUGCAAAACUCUAACCCUUAUCCUAAAGCAUAGCCUUAAUUCUUAACCCGACCUCUAAAAUCCCAACCCGAUGGUAAAAACCCCAAUUCAAUUCCCAACUCCAUAUCCAACCCAUAAGGCAAGUUUGGCAUUCCUAAACUUAAGGGUAAGCCAACUCCUACCCGUAGCCCUAACCCUACUCUUGAGCCCGAUUCGCACAACUUUAACGUCAAUAAGGACAGUGGAAGUGAAAAUCCGCGUACCGCGCAAAUCCUUUUGCGGCUUUUUGUCUGAAAACCAUUGAGAACUUCACCUAACUAUCCCUGGUGGGUUUUAUGCCCCACCUUCACUCAAAGGUUUACGACAAUCGAAGAUUUAACACUCAGAAGGCAAAAAUACCAGGACCGGAUUCCCCAUUAUUCUCCAUUCUCUCAAUUCAGCAAUCAAGCAAUUUCAAUGAUAGUAUUUCGCGGAGUCUGUUGUGUUGUGAGUCGUGUGAUCGACUGUCCACUCUUGACGACUGAAGCGCAAAACGUUAGCUGUUUUAUUAGAUACCAGCCCUGGUCCACGAUUGGCCCGGUAAUGCGUUGACUUGAUGGCAGAUAAUUAAUGAACUUUUUAUGAGGGUGUAACGAGGACAUACGUGCUGGUAGCGUGAUCCACACUACGCUAAUACAAAUGGGCUAUGUAGACGAUCGUCUGAUCUUCGCCGCUCUCGAGGGAUUAUGAGUUUCCGUGUUUGGUGGAAAAUCUGAAUCGCAUUAUGUGCGUGCUGCGCGGUUCUAGGAAUGAUACAGAACUUGGUAGGUUGGGGGGACGUCGACGUUUUGCUUGGCAGAUUCGGCACCCAAUACACUAGGCUUUGAGGCCGAAUAGGCAAGUUCACACAAUGUCUCUGCCGAUAGUCCCGUGACGUCAAAACUGAAAGAUCUGCCCGAUCUCUGGAAUGCGCACAGCAACCUCAGAUUAAAUAUCUGACCGUCGUACAUUGGGUUGGUGUUCCUACAGGCUAGUGUAGAGUUUUCAUCUAACCCUCAUGCAAUAAUAGUUGCUAUGCCUGCAUUUGACUGCACUAUACGUCAGCGAAGCGUGGCCCUUACUUUGUUCACGGACAUCUUUACCUACCUGGUUGCUAUUACUCGUAUGUUUGUUUUCAUGAGCUAAAACAAAAUCACACUACCUUCAUAUUCUAUAUCUGAAAAAGUGUAUAUUUAGAUUUCGAGGAAGUUUUCCGAUUCCCGAAAAAUUUUGAGCCUGAUCUGCCAUUGCAUCAGCAUUUGGUGGUAUCAGUCUACAAGUUGCGUGGUUGCCGCUUAUAGAAAAUCAUAUAUUGCUCUAUGCUUUUAUGAAGAUACCACGUAGAGUUCAUAAAAGUUUGCAAUGGAUACGGGCUGUGUUGUACAUUUCAUGAGGAGCAUUGGUAAACGAACAUGUGUGGUUAUGCAUGCAUGGACAUCGCAUGGUCUCAAAAAUCUCAUAACUGAAAACUUUUUAAAGCUUAAGUAUACACUUUUUAUGGAUAUACAAUAUGAAGGCAAUGUGAUUUUCUACCAAACGGGCAAAAUAAAGCACACUUUGUGAAUUGUUUCUAUAAAGUAUAUCUGAAUUUAUACGACUAUCGCAAAUCAGUAGGGAAAAUGCAUGCUAAUUCAGCAGUCAUUUCUUACCGAAUGUGGUUUAUGCAGGAGGUUAAAAAGAAGAGCAUUCAAAAGCCGACACCCUGGCAAAUCCGAAAUACUAUAGGAUUAUGCUUAAUGCUAAUCAAUAUUACAACCCCACCUAAGCAAUUCUUCCUAAUCGAAAACACAUUUCAGAAUUUCAGCUGACAUUUCAUGAGAUCGGUCACGCACUGUAGGAUGUGUAGGAUACCGUGCAAGCAUGGUAUCACUAUAAACGAAUUCACACUCAUUUUACCGUCCUGCACCCAUCACGCUGUGGGGAACACGGUGGAUAUUGCCGCUGUCUCCCUACCCCCAAAUGGGCCACGCGAUAGUUGCGCUAGUCUAAUACGGGGGCCAUAUCGGUUUCUGGCAGGCGUUAUCGAAAAUGCACACUAUAACAAAUGCCAACAAUUCGGGGUGCGAUGGCAGACCCGAUUGCCGGCAGACGUCGCACACACUGGGAGCUCUGCCGCCCUCCCCGUCGUUGUUGUUGGUGUGGACCAGCGGAUGUGCGGUGGAGCGCUAAGUGCGGGCUCGAUCGUGCCAUUCAGCUGUGUCCUCCCACGCCUCCGGUCCUCUUGACUCUUGACAACGGGUCCAGGUGGGGGCUGUGGAAGAGAGUGUUCGGUAGAUAUGCCCAAGUCUACAUCCAUUAUGACCAUAUUUACGCACAAGUCCCCGUCCCUGCUUCAUGUUGUUUUGGAGCGCACGGUGGUCAUCGUCGGCCACGACGGUCGAACUAUCGGAUAUCGUCGUUUACCACAGUCUAAGUGCCAUGUUAACCAGAGUCUAAUAGGGACAACUUUCCGAGUAACAUUAAAUGGACGGUAUAACUUGAAAAGUGAAAUCUUUGUUUAGUUCCGUGUGAAUCCGUUUUCAAUUUCGCUGGCACCACAAUGUCAUGCCGUUAAAUGCACAUUCGGCUGGUCCCAUAUCAGUUCUCUUGUCUAUAUGAGCUUUCAGGCAUGAAGUAACCAUGACGAUCUAAGGGGUUAGAAGUCAUCGGCAUGUGAUGGGACAACCGGUUCAACUUUUAGAAAACUCUUAAAGGCUAUAAAAUACCUUCAGGCAUAGGUGCAACUCAGUGUUAUUCCCUGAUGCCUUUAUAACUAUUUAAAAACCAUCUAUAAUUAUUUAAAUAAAUGCUCUCUGCGCACACAGUGACACUUUUAUUUUUUCCGCAGUUUUCAAAUGUCUGUUUUUGAGGGACUCGGCUUUAUUUCCGCGGAUUAAUGUUGAUAACCUUCUCUUCCUUUUAUGUAUCUUAGGAGUUCAACCAAAUAAUGACUUUUUCAAGACGUUGUUCGCAAAUGAAUAAGGAAAUGGAUUCAUGAUCAGAGCUGUAAACACAUUUUGAAUAAUUCCUGUGAAACAUUUCUGUGCCGUGAGAGGAGCCUUAAGCAAGGAGAGAAAUUAAUAUUGCGCCAGUCGUUUGUUCAGUAGUAGGAAUUAAAUAAUAUAUUACCAUUUCUGAUUUUACAGAUAGUGGCAUUCGUGAUUUCAAGUUGCGGAACCAUCCUCCUAAUUUACCUCGAUCAGAAAUUGUUCGGUUCAAAGGUCCUGGCAACAUUUGCUGUGGUUACCCAGGCCUUUUUUACGGUAAGUCAGUUUAUAAUCGAUUUAGUUUGUAACUUAUUUAUUGUAAUGAUAUUUGCCAGAAUAAAUAAACCGAAUUCAGAAGAAAAGGCGGCGAGUGAACGUUACUUUCGAUAACUUCUCGUCAGACCAGUACAGUUAUAUGGGACGGGGUACAGUGAGUGAAAAAAAUCGAUAAAAGUUUGUUUUUUUAAAAUAACUCCUUCGACCACGGUAAGCGCGGAGCCUGACCGAGAUUUUUCUGUGCGCAUAGGGUCGGUUUUCGUAACCGUAUGGCAACCGCUUCUGCUGUUGAUAACACGCGCUGGCCCAGUAGCUUAGGGCAGCUCGAGGGUGCCUUGUAAAUCACACGAAAUGCUUCAGUGGGGUUCACACGAUGCCCUGAAUCCACAGCACGCGCAAGGAUGGCGCUGCCUAUUCUCCUAGUUUUACCUUUUUGCCAGCCAUGCGGGAAGUAGCUCUCGUAUUCUUUUGGAAAGGCGCCGAUCCGUACGACCAAUACAACCCGCUCCACAGGAGCAAGUCAAUGAGUUGAUGCACAUUGAGGCGGUCUGAGGUGGCAGCCUAUCCUUGCCUUCUCUGCGCAAAAUAGGGUCAGUAGAGAAUGAUGUGCGAACACUUGCUGCUGGGAGGGUUCCCGAGACAGCUUGAUCAAGGUGAUUCAGGAGGAUGUGAGGCUCACUACGCCGGUGUUGUUUUGAGAUGGAAUGUACGAUGCCAAUGAUGCGACUGAAUGUGGUAAAUGGACCCCUACAACGGGUUCCGUGGCAAAUGUGCUGGACCCAAGGGGGGAUAAAAAUACCACACAGGGGAGGUGUGGUGACGUGCCUGAGCGGAGGCUCACGCCAGGCCCCGACCGUGCCAGGCACCCUUUGGUUAUUGGUCAGAAACCUCUUCAUUUGCAAUGUGGACCAGCGGGUGCGUCGUGGAGUGCCAAGGUGCGUGCUCGACCGGGCCAUCCGCCUGCACCCUCUCCCUCCUCCGGUCCUCUUGACUCUGUCUUGACACCGGGUCUAGGUGGGGACUAGGGAAGAGAGAGUGCGGUAGAUGCUGUGCAAGUCUACAUCAAAUAUAACCAUAUUCGCGCACAAGUCACCGUCCUUGCUUCGCCUUGUUUUGGAGCACACAGUGGGCAUCGUCGGUAAUGACGGUCGAACGGUCGAUUUAAUGUGUGUAUUCUGUUUCACAAUAUUCCCAGUGAAAUAAGGGUUACAUUCUACGCGGAUAUCUAGGUCUAUUGAAAGCCAACGCUGCCAACUGCCCCAUUUCUCAUGAUGGUUGACCAAAAUUUUCCAAGAAGCUCUAGAAGUAUGGUGUUCAUUUGGUUGACCGAUCUUUGUUUUGAAGUUUUUUGACAUUUUUCAUUGCCGUUUACGGAAUUAUAGGAUGGUUAGAGGGUUUUUCAAACAACCUCCUGCCUGCAUCGCUUAAUCUGCGCUGAAAUUCGAAAGUUGGUUCCGAAAUAAAUGUUCGGCCAGUCGUAAGUAGACGCGUCGAAUUGGCCUUCCUCGAUGCAGGCAAAAGCAAAUUCAAAGUUUGCAGGGCAUCAUAAGUAAAGGCCGUCAGGACUGUUUUAGCGAACACCGUAAAAACGAUCGCUGAGCGCCCCUCUGCCAUUGUAUAUUCCCGAUCACAACCGACAGGACAACGGGCCAGUGGCUUUGUGGAUAGGGGCGUUGAACUUCUAGUCAACAGGUCGCGGGAUCGAUCCCUAGGUGUCCCACACCUCAGGGUUUAGUAUGACUAGCUGACGACAGCUAGCAAGCUAGAAAUGGUCAUUCAGGUACUUACCUACUUUUUCAAUAAGAUAAUUAGUGAUGCACUAUUCAGAUAUUUUGGCAAUAAGCAUAGAAGCACAAUGUCAAAGGAUUCGAUCAAUGCGCGAUGGUCUGCAACUCGAGGUUUCCCCAGACAAGAAGUCAGAGAAGUCAGAAUUAUUGGCUAGAGAGCCGACACGCGACUCAGCCAACGGUGGCAGUAAGUCGACUCACCAGCCUUGUGCCAGCGGGGGAGUGUAUGUGCGUCUGUGCCUGAGAUUUUUACGGUUGCAGCCAAUCGAUAAAGACCCAAAUGUCGAUCGGAGUCACAAUGGCCGCGAGCAGAAGGCCGAGUCAAACACGCGUACGCAGUGAUUGGCAGGUGUUUUGGGUGAACGGAAGGCAGUGGGGAGGGUGUGAUAGGUCUCUUUGACGGUCAAAAGAGCCCACCACCACACACGUAUUUCAGGCGUACUCGAAAACAAGGCUUGAUCUGUUAAAAUAUGUUUUGCGCUCGAGGACUUGAGACCUAAAGCGAAAAGGUGGUUUAUGGCGUAAGUCAAAUUAAAAUGGACGACAUAUGAAACGGCGGAAUAAGUGUUGCCUCAACAACUAAUCAGACGAUGGCGCCUUCUGGUUUAGCCCGUCAAAUACGAAAAACCACAUAUGGCUUCAUAUAGUCUCCCCCAAAACGCUGACGACGUACGUGAAAAGUCAAGUCGAUAAAGACGACACUUAUGAGUAUUGUUAAGCGGCGAAUUCAAAACAAAUACUCAUGUCGGUGGACUCAACUUGCCGGCGUUUUGUAAUCAGAUGGGGUCGCUCCUGUAGUAGUUAGUAGACAAUGAAUCAGUGACAUGGGGUAGUUUGGUGGGACCUUGUAAAUCAAAUGGAAGACUUCACUGGGGUCCAUACGAUGCAAGGGUACAUUGUUGAUUACGGACAUCGUGGCAACCUGACGUAAACGCCAAUGUUCUCAGGGGCCCUUAGUAUGCAGAGCAAUAAGUAAAGCCGGUUAGUGAACAAUAUUGGAUAAGACAAAGGUGACAAAGCAUGCAGACGUCAUGAAUUUCGAGACCUCUUAUUCAGGACGUAAAAAGACCUGACAGCAUAGCAAAACAGCGGAGCACUCCAGCCGAGUUGUUUUCGUCACGUUCGAUAAAAGAAAACGAGACUAGAUUGCCAAUGGUGAAUUGGUUUGGUAUCUCGCCACAGACCCUAAGGAAGCCUUCCGUGUGAUUUAUCGAACCCCACCAAACAAUCCUAAGUGACAGGGUCAGCGACUGUUAGGCGAAUGCUAUCAGGUUGCGAAGGUCGAGCCUGUGCGCACAUAAGAAUCUGCUAUGAGUUUCACAUCCACCUUGGCCAAAUAUCGGUUAUUCGAAUGCAAGUCAAGGCAUUCUCCGCCCAUUUCCCCCUAACUUUCACUGCUUCAUAAAUCACUGUCGUCCGUUCCUUCCCCUCCCUCACCGUUCCCACAUUUCACUUAUAUGAAAAGAUCAACUCUAAUCGAUUUCUACUAUCACUCACGCGUUUACUUAUAUCCCGCCUUGGAGUUGCGAGAAUUCCCAUUGUAAAUUUCAAAAGGUCAUUUGGCGAGCAUACGUCUGCUUUCGAUGAAUUAUCUUCAGGCCUAUAAAUUUAUAUGGCUAUUGAGGUAAUGAAAAAUAUACGGGCAAGUAGAUAACUAGAUAAAUUAGAUAAUAUCCCGUCCCCAUGUAAAUGUACCAACGCGACUAGGAUUUAUCAAAAACACACGUGUGCUUGCCGACUGGACUUCUGAAUCUUAAUGAAUUUAAUCAAUAUUUGUUUACUUCAGCCCCAGCUGAAAAGUUUUUAGAAAGAAAAUUCUAUUUAUUUAGGACAUAAUCAAAUGGCCUUCUUACGGCGUGGUCUUCCGAGCUAAAAAGUUUCUCGAGUUUUUUUUUGAAUUGGGCAAUUCCAUAAAGGUUUAAUAAACCCAGAAAUGCAAAGGAUAUGCUGAGGACACUGAAACAUGUAUGUACAUGCUGAAAACGUGUUAAGUCAUUUCUUGCUGUGAAUCAUGGUUGAUUUGAAAUUUUGAAAAAAAGUGUUUGUUUCAUAGAAUUCAAUCUGCCAACAUUGUAGUUGAUGGCCCUUACUCCUUGGUAGCCGUGCUACUCAACUGAUAAAUGCAGCCCCGCUUUACCCAGUAGUUAAGGCAUUUUCCCGUUCACAAACUUCAAACAAGCCUUUCUUUUUACGAAUUUAGGUGAGUCAUUUUAUGUAAAAGGAAGGAUAUUUUCAAUUUUUAUCACAUGAAAUCUGAUAGCAUGACCUGUUUGGCAUAUCAGUUUUUGCAGAUCCUGCUAAACAAAAUGCGUCUGAAUUCAAAAGGGGUUUAGUUAACAAUGUGCACGAACUUACAAAGAGACAUUGAUUUAUCCUUAGAAAUAGCAAAAAGAAAAAUAAAGAUUCGUUUUUUCCGCAUAUCCGACCAGUGCGUGUGUAUUUAUGUAAACAUGCUCAAUUAGUGAAAUUCUCUAAAUAGACUACUACCCACAUAAAUCAGUAACUUCACGUCAGCCAGCUAGGGUUGGGGACUUCGGGAUAUAAUAUUUAAAAGUGCUAAAAAUUCUCAGAUUUUUGUAGGAAUGUUUUAAAGCAAUGACUAAAAAAUCUAACGCAUAAUGGAUGACAACUGAGACCUCUUACUGCAUACAUGAAAACAAAACGAGCCCUCUGAAACAGCGAGUUGACUGAUCUCAACAGCGAAGAUUUAAUCAGAUGAACCAAUGACUUCACGGCGCACAUCAUACAGGGAGCACAUCUUUUGUCCCAUCUUCAGUGAUAUCACGAAGCCCCUGUAGGAACGUCUCCAGUGAUAUCUCAAGGUCUGCAGCAACUGUCAUGCAAUUCCGUGAGUAGGGUUUCUGGUGGAGUGAGCGUGUAUAAUGGUAACAAUAGAAUUGUGAUGUUGAAUGUUCAUCGUUCACAUGUCAGAAAAAUUCCUAAUGGUUCCUGCGAUCGCUCUUUCUUUUUUGCAAUCCGUCGCUGAAAAUGAGUCGAGUACUGAAAACUAAUAUUCAAUUUUGACUAGUCAUACAUUCAUGUAUGCAUUAAUUCUGAUUAUAAUUGCCGUUUUCUUCCGAGAUCAGGUGAUUCGCAGGGGAAUCAUUGGCGGUAGCAGCAUCUUUCGAAAUGCCUCCUUUUACACAACAAUAGGUAAGCCAUUCCUUAAGAGUGUUUCUAGAUAAGCACUAUUUUGACCGAUUAGACAAGACUGAAGCCCCUCGAGUGUGAAUUCUAGCAGACUUUAAUGUCAAAAAUUCGCACUUAAGUACUUGCUAUUUUGUAAUUACUUGUAUACUGACCCGUAUACUAGAAGAAGUCAUUUAAAAAAUCUCUGUUUUUCUUGUUAAACAAAGAGAUGGCCCAGGUCUGAAUAUAGGCAAAUUGACUGUUAUGUAAACUCGAUUAAAAUGACCUUAACAUCUACGUGCCCGAUUUAAUUCAUGCGAAAAUUCAGUAGGCACUUCGGUAACGCCCAACGGUAGACCAUUCGUUUUUUCCUGUUUAAAGGAAUUUUCUGCUGUUUGUUCACCUGGCCAAUUGUCAUUUGUACGUCUGUCGUAACAUCCGCGGAAGAAAUCCACUGGGAUCACUUUCCAUGGACAGCCUUUUCGAUCGCGUUUCUGGCUUUCCAGGGUAGGUCAGUCAAAAAGGCAAUUUCGCAAAUUUUGCCAAUUCAACCUACUAUCCGCAAUUUGUCCUUUGUGGCAAUUUUCAUAUGCUAAGUGUUUUAAUUUAAAAGUAACUCCGCCUCGACGAUUUCCAAAGUUAGGUUUUUCAAACGUUUUAGCGGGAGUGCUUGUUCAGGAAAUAUCCAGCCCCGUGCAUUCAACUGUGAUAUAUCGCCUUCAGGUUCUAGGGCUGCUUCCGCUGUCUUUUGGUGAGAUUACUAACAUUUGCUAUUUUCGCUGCUAACGUGCAAACUGUUUCUUUUCGCAGCUGCUUCUGAUCAAAUAACGUCAUGUUUGCAUAUCGUUAGCUGCCGCUCACAUCCGAUUGGUUUAUGAUCGAUAAAAUGCAGGUAAUGGUACCUGUCGAUAAUACCUCCAGCUUUUGCACCAAUUUUUUUCACACCUUUGCUGUACUGAAGUUGCAGGCGUAAACUUGUCGCACCAUAGAUGUGCUAUUUCAGGAAAAUUUACAUCGAAAUGCUAAGGUACAUUUUCGGUCAGAAAAGAUUAUCUUAUUAGGGUUGCCGUAUUACUUGUCACGCAGCAUAAUCUCAGCAUAUUUCAAUUACGUCACGAUAUUGCUUGUAAAAUGGGCUCCCUUCCUGUCGACUGCAAGAGUGUGCACUGUAAAAUGCUUCUAUAAUUUCAAGUAUAUUUCAGAAAAUUGGACGCGAAAAUAUAUCUUUUUAUAGAAGGUGCCGUCUUAUUUGUAUCUUAUGCUUGACAAACGAGUUGUUUUCGACUUUUCAAAUCCCGAUUAAUUUUUAAUCCGACUUACUGUUGCCCUCGCAUCCAGGGUUUUCAACCUGCAGGCUUUAUACCUUCCGUGUAAGGAAAAUUAUAUAUCUCCAUGCGUCACUAAGAUGUCCGACGUAGAUGUGGUCUAUGUCCUGCACUUUGUAGAAAGUAUUAAUUACUGGGCAGAUACGAUGUUUUAUGAGUGGACAUUAUAUGGUCUAAAAAUUUCCCAUAAUUUAAAUCUUUUAAAACUUCACCAUAUCCCUGCUCUAAGUAUAAAAUCUAAAGAAAACACGAGUUUCUGUCAAAGGAGUACAGAGAAGAAAUCUUUUCUGUUUGUUUUCUGCGGAAUAUACUUUGAAUUUUUCAGGGUAUCGAAAAUCUGUGUGAAAAAUGUACGCUAUUUCAGUACUCAUUUUUACAGAAUUUAGUGUUUGCAGGCAACCGGAAGGAAGCGCAUUCAAAAGCCGACAUCCUGACGCGACUAAAACGUACUGAGAUUAUUCAAAAGAAGACGAAGACGCGAUCACUGGGACGGUAGAUUUAUUGGCCUUAGCUUUCGAACUAGAACUGGAGUUCAUCAUUAGAGACUGCUAGAGGGCAGCAACGUGUGAACAUUUAUAUCGUUGCGUCGUGAGGGGAGGGGGACUACGUUCGUGGCUGGAUCUGUUUUGUGCCGCCUGGUUCACAAUGGUUCCCCGGCGUGGUGACACCGUUUGUACUUUCCGGCGAUGUGAGCUGCGUCACCUGGUUGCGUGGGCGGAGUGCGUGAUAACACGCAGGCAAAUCAAUGUGUUUAUUGAUAGAAUUGGUGUCCGACACCCACGUCUCCAACAGCUCUCGCCCUGUCUUGUUGCCGGCUCGCGCCAAUAUCCGCGUGUUGACGAAGUCGAACUCAUGGCCUUCCUCUAGCGUGUGAGUGGCGACUUGAGAUAGUGGGUGGCCUCUUCGAACGGCUUGUUUGUGCUCAAGUAUUCGUGAGCUGAGCCGUCGUCCUGUUUGGCCUGUGUAGUGGAAAGGACAGUUAUGGCACGGGAUUUGAUAGACUACGCCCGAAUGCCUACCUCCGUCCAGCCGAUUCUCCAUUUUCAUGAUCCUGCUACGCAUGGUAGCCGCCGGAUGAUGAACGAUGUCCAUGCCUAACUCUGACGCAAUGCGUUCUGUAGCCUCGGACAAAAUCUUUAUGCAUGGUAGGGAGCGCCAAAUUGUUGGUGUCUCUCUUCCGUUUGUCCGUUGUGUGUGCGCGCGUAUGCAGCGGCUGAUGAAACUAUUUAAGUAGCCCUUCUUUGUCAAUUGGUCCCAGCGACGCCGUAGUUCUUGCAUCCUUCCUUCGGACUUGCUACAGUGCGUUUCUGCCCUGUCGAAACGCGUCCUCAUAGUUCGAGUUCGAAAGGUAAGGCCAAUAAAUCUACCUUCCCAUUGAUCGAGCCUUCGACAUCUUUUAAACUAGAACUCAGGAUGCCCAUAUUCUCUGUCAUGCUGAGAUUAUACUGCAUGAUAAUUACUAUAACAUCUCCAUUUAAGUAGCGCUUUUAGAUCAGAAACACAGCUUGAACUUCGGUUUGCAUUUCCCGAGAUAACAUAUCUACCCUUUCUAAUAAAAAUGCGAGUUUCAAGAGCCUGGCAUAAAAAUGUGAAUUAGGAAUGCUCCUUCGGAUCUGAAAAUGACUUCGAAUUCUUGGGUGACAAGGAUUGAAUGAAGGAACCCAAGCAUCUGUGGCAUACAAGGAAUACCAACCAUACUUAUUUAAGUGGGUUUUAGUCCGACACGAUUAUUGCGGUUUGGUGUUUCAUCGACCAAGGGUGGAUCGUCUGUUGCAGACGGUCUGAUGCAUGAUCUACAAAGACCUCAGCUCAGAGAGUUGAGAAGCGAUCGUUGUAGGUACUGUGUGUUUAUUUUUCAAUUGCCCUUCUUAAUUUUGGGUGUUGCAUGUCAAUGCAUUAGUAAUUUUCCGCCCGAAAAACGGGUUUGCCAAUUAUCUAUACUUAUCUUGCCAUUCCUCCAUGCAUACAUAGGCCCCGCCCGUAAAACCCUGUUACCACCUUUCCCGUCAGACAGGCACCUUUAGCUGGUCGUGUGUGUUUGGGGUCCAUCACCCGAUCGUUGCCUCUUAGGUUUUUUCAUAAAACUGUCACUUAAUCGUCAGACAGUAGCCGAAACACCUUCAGGCUUAUUCUCUCGGCUUCUGGUAAUUUCUUAAAGAUCAUGCUUUGCUAGACUUCGGAAAAGUUUGCCUUGAACAGCAGACUCUUCCUCCGCUUUGGGCAGAUUUUGCGAAGAGCUCGUUAAACAACCAGAACACGAAUUCAGGAAACUAGAAGUCAUACGUUUAACAGAAAAAAAUUUUGAAUCUAUUAACUCACUCUAACUGUCACAGUACGCUUUUUAAAUUUUCCCUUACUAGACGUCCUUGCAUCGCAGAAUGCAUUUAACAUCUUUUGCGUUACAGUGGUUGAAGUCUAUCGGAAUGGAAUCGAAAUGGAUCUCCACCGCGCCCGAAUUGCCAGCAUUCUUCUCGUUGUUAUAGGAGCUCUCUUAACGGCUGUGCCCUUGAAGGUCUACAAGGUACGCCGAGCCACUUGUUACUCCAAUAAGAUAGUACGAAAAAGUUUGCAAAUAUACGGAAAAUAUCAAUCGAUUAAAAUGCAUGUGAUCAGGGCCUCCUGCUAUGCUACUUUUAGGGAUUCAUCGAACCCGAAAAUGGUAAUUUGAGUCAAGAGAUUAAUACGCGGUUGUUUUAUAACUAUAUCAAAAUCAGAUUGGCAAUGUUGAGAUAUCCGGAUUGAUUAAUUGAAGACGAAGACAGGCUCUCCGGAAGAGGUCGCCAAAUGCAGCCUAAGGACCCAUUGCCACCCGCUGAAACCUCAGCAGUCAUCUACAAAAUAAAUUGCAAUGAGGGCGACUGCAACUAUGUAGGCGAACCGAGCGGAAGUUGCAAACUCGCCUACAAGAACACAAAUCGGCCACUCGGAGGUUAGACCCUAACUCUCAACUAGCAACACACGUUGGAGAAACGGGGCAUACUUUUGACCUCCAGAGGGCUACCAUCUUAGGCCGAGGCAACACAAAAACAGAACGGCUAACUCUCGAGGCGUGGUUCUCCGAUGCCCACUGUAUCAACAGGCAUCUGGACCUUCCUGCAGCUUACAAAGUCCUACGUCAUCGCAAUCGUAGUGCUCAGGACCAAACAACCACACCGGACUUAAGAAGGCCGCACGGAGAUAGCCCGACGCUGAGUUUACUCGGUUAGGAAGAAGAAGAACCGCCAGACUGACCGCCCAACUAAAGUCCAAUCAGCUCCCCUAGACGGAGUGGUGAUUCACAAAGCACACAGGCAAAACGCCCGUCAACCAUCACCCGAGAGGCCGAGGCAGCAAGAGGGGAGAAAAAUCGAUCAACACGAGGCCGACCAACGUGACAUUCCACUUGGGAUUUCUGGUCGAUUAAGUGCAUUUUACGCUUUGACAAUGAAGAGCCGGCCCAGCUCUUUGAAACGUCAGCACUUAAAUAAACCUCUUCCGGAGAGCCUGUCUUCGUCUUCAAAUAUAUCAAAAUCAACUAUUCCUUGGGUAGAUUUGAGUAAGUCAUUUGACCCAACAGUGAAAAAUCCUUCAUAUGGGAAUUCGUAGCACAUGAAAGCUUAAUACUUCGCAUUAACAAAAGCCAGACCGCGCGACAAGUGCAGAUGGAAUAUUUGCAGAAAUGCAUUACCGGUAUUGACAAGGGAGACUGGACUGGCCAUUUCCAGCUUAUUAUCCGUCCUCAGCCAGUUCUACUCAAAUUAGAAGUGCUGGUUAGAAGUCUAACGCCUCCAAACACUGAGUUCCAUGCGUUUUACACUUAGAGGUUGAGUAUGACUAGCUGAGGGCAUUUAGUAAACUAGAAACGGCCACUCCAGUCUCCCUUAUCUGUACCGAUAAUGAUAAUCUGCGUUUCUGUGCGACUACUAAAUGUGAUAGAAAGAGCCCGUAAGGCACCACGGACAAGUAACUUGCGCAAAGACGGCCGGUGAGCGCCUCUCCAUCGCAGGAAGAAUAUUUCCAAUUUUUGCGUACAAUUACCAUGCUAGCUCUGUUUUCACCUAUCUUGCAUGGGCAGCCUAACGAAAUUAUAUUCCCGACCAAAGUCUGCGUCAAUGCGCGUCUGUUGAAUCCUGUCGUCUUGCGGAAGUAAAAGCGUUCGUCCGUAUCUGUCUUUGCGAGUUCUGUAUAAGGCAUUCAAAUUAAAAUUUUACUAACGCAUGCUUCAUCGGAAUGCGCUGUCACCAAAAAUGCGCAACCUUUCUUUGCUUUAUGGGUGCCAACAAUGCGAAUUGUUUCCAGAAAGCGUUAUGUACACUGUCGAAUGUGUGUAUAAUCAACUGGGUUUGACGGCCUCGUCUUCUCACCGCUAGUUGAUGUUCAAGCACGCGAGUGAAGGCAGACUCCCCUGUUUGACCAUUUCCGACCGCAUCACAGCUAGUUAGUGUGCAGGUAGAGGGGCACAUAACUAAACUUGCCCUUAGGGUGUGCGAGCUGUGUGCUCAAGGUCGUCGCGUCAGUUACGUCUCGUCAUCCCUUCGGAACCGGCCGGGGUUGUUCGAAUUUGUACUUGGAAAUCUUUUUCGAAGCACCCAAAUCGAUAUGCCUAUUGGUAAAUGCCUUGUUUGUGUGCGCGGCCUCCAAAAAUAUGUGGUCUCGAGGGUUCACGCUAGUUGGUGUUCAAGUCUACGGGUAAAGGUAGAAGGCCACAGUAGGCCGCACAACAGCAACAUGUGGAAUUUUGUAGGUUGCAUAGUAUACAUCGAAAUAGUCAGCUCUUUCUUUAGGGUGCACAAGUAGGAUGCGCAACGUAGCUGUCGGUUUGUGUUCUAAAUAAACCCGAUGUUUUCAGAUGUCAGUGAUUACCUAAAAAAGCAGCUAUUGCUUGUCUCUUGCCUACAACCAAAGGGUGGCUGAGAAACCAGUCUCUAGAACCUGAAUUAUAGACGCUAUUUCGUUUCCCGAGUAUUUUACUCGUUUCCAGGUAUCAUUUGAUUGUUGCAUAUCCGUGCAGCUCUUAAAAGUGCCAAUCAAAAGCGAAUAUGAUUGAUCUUCCAGCGCAGAUUCCUAACUUAAGGCGAGUUUAAAAACCCUGCAGACUUAUUCAGUCCUGGGUCAGAUGAAGGAAUGACCUCGGCACAUUUGAAGUAUUGUUUUAAGUCGACCCUGAAUCAAAUAAUUUGUUUGUGGGAAGACAGAAUACUAAGGUUCCGUUACUAUUUGUCCCACAGAAAAUUAGAAAAUGGUUCAACAGAUCUAACAAGGCGCACAUAAUCAAACCACCCUUCUCCUCCGAUCGCCGCGCCAGCAGCACGACGGCGGUUCCUCUGCACAAACCGUCGACGAAAUCAGAAUCCGGUCAUGAACUUGACCCACUUAAGGUCAGCGCAGCCGCUCGAUCUCUGCUAACCAGACCGUCUAUCGCACCGGAGAAAACUAGUCGGCCCAGCGGGCGGAGUCGAUUCCUGGGAGUGAUUUACCAAAACACAUCUGACGCCUCUCUGAAAAACCAGCAUUUUUGA